UUUUUGGUUUUGAAAUAUUUAUUUUUAAAACAUUGAAUACUGGUGAUUAUUGAUUGUUUUUAAAAUAAAAUCUUCAAACACAUACAUAAUAAAUUUGUUGGCCAUCAUGUCGAUCAUGGAGACUUUAGGUCUUGGAGAAUUGACCAGAAUGAGUAAACGACAGGUUCUAUAUCAAUUCUUAAAUUUUGGAAUGAUCAUAUCAUCAGCCAUGAUGAUCUGGAAAGGAUUAAUGGUUGCCACAGGCAGUGAAUCACCAAUUGUUGUCGUUCUUAGUGGUUCUAUGGAACCAGCAUUCCAUCGUGGUGAUCUAUUGUUUUUGACCAAUUACAAAGAGGAUCCAAUCCGUGUAGGAGAUAUUGUUGUAUUUAAAAUUAAAGGUCGCGAUAUACCAAUUGUACAUCGAGUUAUAACGUUACAUGAAAAGGAAGAUGGAUCUGUAAAAAUAUUGACCAAAGGUGAUAAUAAUUCUGUCGAUGACCGUGGUCUUUACGCACCUGGACAAUUAUGGCUAGAGAAAAAAGAUAUUGUUGGCCGUACUAGAGGUUUCGUUCCGUAUGUGGGCAUCAUUACUAUUCUAAUGAAUGAUUAUCCUAAAUUGAAAUAUGCAGUACUCGGUAUACUUGCAUUAUUUGUUUUGGUACAUAGAGAAUGAUGAUGAUGGUGAUGAUGAAACAUUUUUAUUAUUUGGCAUACACACUACACA